UUAGAAACUUUUGAAGCCCUUAAACCCUCAUUCAUAUAAAACUUUUACAUGAUAUAUUGUUUAUAUGAAUUUGAGAUAAAACCCUAAAACCCUAGAAGGUGCUUCUUGAGAUCUUCUAGACCCUUCCACUUUCCUCCCUAAAUAAAAUACCUUCAUUCUCACUUCUCUCUCUGUCCUUCAAAACCCCUUUCCAUUUUCUCUUUCAGCAGCAUUUCUCAGUUUCAAAAUGUAUCGUUUUGCAGCAAAUCUUGCUUCUAAAGCCAGAGUUUCAAGAACCAGUUCCCAACAGAUUGGUGAGAGGUUAACUUGGAGUAGAAACUAUGCUGCAAAGGAUAUCAGAUUUGGAGUUGAAGCUAGAGGUUUGAUGCUUAAAGGUGUUGAGGAGCUUGCUGAUGCUGUUAAAGUCACUAUGGGUCCAAAGGGGCGUAAUGUGGUGAUUGAACAAAGUUGGGGUGCACCCAAAGUAACAAAAGAUGGCGUCACUGUUGCAAAAAGUAUUGAAUUCAAGGACAAGAUACAAAAUGUCGGUGCUAGCCUUGUAAAACAGGUUGCCAAUGCCACAAAUGAUGUUGCUGGUGAUGGUACCACUUGUGCAACAGUCCUCACCCGAGCAAUAUUUGCUGAAGGAUGCAAGUCAGUGGCAGCUGGUAUGAAUGCAAUGGACCUUAGACGGGGUAUUACCAUGGCUGUAGAUUCUGUUGUGACAAAUCUGAAAAGCAGAGCACGGAUGAUCAGCACAUCUGAGGAAAUUGCACAGGUUGGGACUAUCUCUGCAAAUGGAGAAAGAGUAAUUGGCGACCUAAUUGCGAAGGCUAUGGAGAAAGUAGGCAAGGAGGGAGUCAUCACUAUUCAAGACGGGAAGACGUUGUUCAAUGAGUUGGAAGUUGUUGAAGGAAUGAAGUUGGAUAGAGGUUACAUAUCACCAUACUUCAUCACAAAUCAGAAGAAUCAGAAAUGUGAACUGGAUGACCCACUAAUUCUUAUUCAUGAGAAAAAGAUCUCAAGCGUUAAUGCUGUUGUGAAAGCAUUGGAGUUGGCUCUGAAGAGACAAAGGCCUCUCUUAAUUGUGGCUGAAGAUGUGGACAGUGAAGCACUUGCCACACUUAUCUUGAACAAACUCCGUGCUGGAAUCAAGGUUUGUGCCAUCAAAGCACCAGGCUUUGGUGAAAACAGGAAAGCUAAUUUGCAAGAUCUUGCUAUUUUAACUGGAGGCCAAGUUGUAACAGAAGAGCUUGGACUGAACAUUGAAAAUGUGGAGUUCGAGAUGCUGGGGACAUGUAAAAAGGCGAAUAUCUCUAAGGAUGAAACUGUCGUUCUUGAUGGUGCUGGUGAUAAGAAGUCCAUAGAGGAACGAUGUGAACAGAUUAGAUCAACCAUUGAACAGAGCACAUCUGACUAUGACAAGGAGAAGUUGCAGGAAAGACUAGCUAAGAUUUCAGGUGGUGUUGCUGUGUUAAAGAUUGGAGGAGCCAGUGAAGCUGAGGUUGGUGAAAAGAAAGAUAGAGUAACUGAUGCUUUGAAUGCCACAAAGGCUGCAGUGGAGGAAGGAAUUGUUCCAGGUGGUGGUGUUGCUCUUCUUUAUGCAGCAAGAGAAUUGGAUAAUUUGACAACAGCCAACUUUGACCAGAAGAUUGGUGUACAAAUUAUUCAGAAUGCUCUGAAGACACCAGUACAUACAAUAGCCUCUAACGCUGGAGUAGAGGGUGCUGUCGUGGUUGGUAAACUGUUGGAUCAGGAAAACCCUGAUCUUGGAUAUGACGCGGCCAAGGGUGAAUAUGUAGAUAUGAUAAAGGCAGGAAUCAUUGAUCCAGUGAAAGUGAUUAGGACAGCUUUGGUUGAUGCUGCCAGCGUCUCAUCUCUCUUGACCACAACUGAAGCAGUUGUUGUCGAGCUUCCUAAGGAUGAAAAGGAAAGUCCAGCAAUGGGUGGCGGUAUGGGUGGUGGUAUGGGUGGCAUGGACUUCUAAUGGAAAAACCAUGAACAGUAAUUGCAGCUGCUUGACAUACAAUUGUUUAGAACAAAGGAAAAAUAAAUUUAGUGUUGUUUCCCAUUUUGAUGAAUCUUUACGAGAGAAAACGCGCUCAUUGUAACCAUAGCAAGAGAGACCAUUGUGAAUUCAUGUUUUUGUAGGUUCAAAAUUUGUAGUCUUUUAUUGAAUAUGCAGCUUUUUGGUUAACUAAAUUUACAGUUCGUUAAUGCAAUAGUGUGUCCAUUUCA